AUGAUCAAAGAGGGCUUCAAGAUUUUGGAAGCAGGCUGUGCGGCCCGGUCGUCGGGCAUCGACAUAGUGUACAUUUAUGGGUACGGCUUCCCUCCUUCGAAGGGCGGGCCCAUGUUCUUCGCGGAGAACUACGUGGGCUUCAAGCAGAUCCUGGAGAAGGUGAAGGUCUUCGAUGCUCAGGCCAAGGAGAGACACACGAAGAACCCCCUGUAUUUGCCCAUCGACUAUUUGGGCCCUCCGAGCUGUUGGAGGCAUGUGCUGCCAAGGGGGCACCAAGGUCUUCCCAGGCCAAACGCUCAUCGACGUGGUGCUGAAGGAUUCCGGAAGAGCGGCUCGCAGCGGCUCCGGCUCCGGCCCCUUUUCCAUUGUUUUGGCAGGCACGGCGCUGGAGCUUCAAAUGAAGUCCACGGCCGACUGAAUUUCUUAGGGCGCAACUAUAUCAGAAUUUGGCCCCUCUAG